AGAAAGAGAAAGAGAGUAGAUAUUGAAGGAAAAUCCAAGUGAACCAGUCUCUAUAUACAUGUAUAUACACAUACAAAUAGAUAUAUAAGUGUAGAAUCUGAGUCUGUAACAGACAUGGCAACUAUUGCAGCAGGAGGAGUAGGACUGGGAGGAGUGAAGCUCCACACUCUCAACCCAAAACCCCCAAAUCCAUUCCUGGGAAAGAAAAUCAAGCUCAGACCCACUUCAGUUCCAAACCCACAUGGAAAAUUCACAAUCUCAAAGUCAAAACCACUAAUAGUUUAUGCCUCUGGAGGAGAAUUUUUCAACUUUGCUCAUGACCUCUUUGUGGGUGUUGGAGUGGGACUCCCUUGCACUGUCAUGGAGUGUGGUGAUAUAAUAUACAGAAGCACACUACCCAGAUCUAAUGCCAUCAGUCCUACUGUUCCUGGGUUGGCUCUAGCUCUUGGUGCUGUUUCGUAUCUCUGGGCUACCCCUGGUGUGGCUCCUGGAUUUUGGGACAUGUUUGUUCUUGCUUUUGUUGAGAGAUUGUUCAGACCCACUUACAGGAAGGAUGAUUUUGUGUUGGGAAAGAAGUUGGGUGAGGGUGCUUUUGGUGUGGUGUAUAGAGCUUCACUCGCUAAGAAGCCCUCUUCAAAGAAAGCUGGUGAUUUAGUCUUGAAAAAGGCUACUGAAUACGGUGCUGUUGAGAUCUGGAUGAAUGAGCGAGCGCGAAGGGCUUGUGCAAAUAGCUGCGCUGAUUUUGUGUACGGCUUUCUUGAGACUUCUUCAAAGAAAGGAGGUGAAGAGUAUUGGCUUAUAUGGCGGUUUGAAGGGGAAGCCACACUUUCAGAUUUAAUGCUGAGUAAAGAUUUCCCCUACAAUGUGGAAGCAAUGAUUCUUGGAGAAGAUGAGAACUUGCCAAAGGGGUUGGAAAGGGAAAAUAGAAUCAUUCAGACAAUUAUGAGACAACUCCUCUUUGCAUUGGAUGGUCUUCACUCAACAGGGAUUGUCCACAGAGAUAUAAAGCCACAAAAUAUUAUUUUCUCUGAAGGGUCUCGCACAUUCAAGAUUAUUGACCUCGGUGCUGCAGCAGAUUUGCGAGUAGGGAUCAACUAUAUCCCAAAGGAAUUUCUUUUAGACCCAAGAUAUACUGCACCUGAGCAAUACAUUAUGAGCACGCAAACUCCAUCUGCACCUUCGGUUCCAGUCGCAACAGCACUUUCCCCAGUUUUGUGGCAGCUGAAUCUACCAGAUAGAUUUGAUAUCUACAGUAGCGGUCUCAUUUUCCUACAAAUGGCAUUCCCAGCAUUACGCACCGACAGUAGUCUCAUACAAUUCAACCGUCAACUAAAAAGAUGUGACUAUGAUUUGGUUGCUUGGAGGAAAACUGUAGAACCUCGUGCCAACAAUGAACUCCGAAGGGGAUUUGAAUUGUUAGAUUUAGACGAAGGGAUAGGAUGGGAACUUCUAACAUCAAUGGUUCGGUACAAAGCACGCAAAAGAACUAGCGCAAAAGCUGCUUUAGCACAUCCAUACUUCGAUAGAGAAGGCCUUUUGGCUUUAUCCUUCAUGCAGAAAUUACGGCUUCAACUUUUCCGAACCACACAACAGGAUUAUGGGGAAGCUGCCAAGUGGGUUAUUGGGUUAAUGGCGAAAUCAGGAACAAAGCAAGACGGUGGCUUCACUGAAGCUCAGCUUCAAGAGCUCAGAGAGAUAGAACCUAAGAAGAAGGCAAGUGCACAAAGGAAUGCUCUUGCAUCGGCUCUUCGGCUCCAGAGGAAGAUUUUAAGAACACUGAAUGAGAGUAUGGAUGAGCUUAACCAGCGGAGGAAGAGCUUAUGGUGGAGCAGGUGGAUACCCAGAGAAGAAUGAAGUAUGUAAAUAUACACUUUUUUGUUUGUCUUUGUUUUUAAUUUUUUGUGUAAAGUUUAUGCAUCCAUCAUUACAUACUAAUUUGAUGGAAUAUAAUGAUGUUUAAAAGAAGAGACAAUUAAAUUGUUAUAGAAAUGACCUAGCUUGGAAUCAUUUGUAUGCAUGUUACUUCCUGUUGAAAUUAGGAAAUCAGUAAAUUUAGCAACCUAGUACAUUUGGCCCUUUGCA